AUGACCCUUCAUCGCAGACAGACGAAGUUCGAGCUCGAUCUUCUAAGCCGAAAGGCGAUGUGGAACGCGGACCUGCCUAUCCACUAUCUCCCUGCGGAGAUACUCCUGCACAUCUUCGAGCAACUCGUCCGAGCGCUCCUUCCGGACAAGCUACCGUCCAAACUGUCUCCACCUGAUUUUAAGCCUCGGCGCCCUUGGGCACCGCUGAUGCGAGUGUGUCGCCACUGGUGUGCCCUUAUCAGGAACGGAGCCGUUUUCUGGAGGGACAUCACAAUAUCCAAGAACAUCAAGUGGUUCAAACUCGCCCUGAGCCGAUUGGGAAACUCGCCGAUCCGUCUACAGCUCGCUGCCGACUGCAACCUCAAAGCGGUUCUGCCAACCCUUGACGCGCACGCUGGUCGCAUCGAGAAGCUGAUCCUCAAGGGGGAGGUACGCGAUGAAGAUGCUCUCCGCCUUGAGUCCUUUCUAUCGCGCUCUUUCCCUGUCCUGAGGAGCCUUGCAAUCAAGAUGGACUCGACAGACAGCGAAUUAUGCGCUGUAGGAGACAACCAUCCUGGUCUCGAAUGGCUGGAGCUCACCCGAGCCUCGCUACCUUGGAAGAAGUCGCUUCUAAUUCAUCUCGAGGUCUUGUCUCUGACGGAUUGCAUUUUAUCGACCGCGACACUUCCCUUCCCGGACUUCCUCGACGUACUCGAACAAGGACAACGCCUUCGAUACCUCCACCUCACAGAAUUUCUUUCGGCCGCGUUGGAUCCCCAAACCUCGGCGCCCCAUGAGCGUCUUGUUACGCUCCCCGGUUUACAGCACCUCGAGUGCAGCGAUGUGCCAUCCAACAUUGCGCGGCUGAUGACGCACCUCCGUACCCCCGCGAUCUCGCACGUCGAACUUGUGGGGGACUGCAAUGGCAAUGUGCCUUCCACCGCCCACGCCUCCUUACUCCCAGAAUAUCCUGGUACACCACUACCCGUCCUGCAAACCAUCACCCGUGCAAUCAUCGACGUCACUGCCACCCAGAAUGGACUCCGUUUCUCUGGCCCCUUGCGGACAUCCCUCGAGCUGUGCCUUCUCAACCCCGACAGGCAAUAUUGGGACGAGCCACCUUGGGUAGAGCAGGGGCUGCAGCAGCUCACUGGUUUCCUCGGGCCCGCGUUGACGGAGUUGGAGGUCUGCGGUAUUCUGGACGUCUCGCAGGAGACUUGGGACCGCGUGUUUGAUGCCUUCCCCUCGCUGGAAAAGCUCGUCGUCCGCGAGCACGAGUCUGGUCUCCUCCCUACUACCAUGCUCCGCUCCCUCUCCGCCGCCCCCGCGCGAUCGAUCUCUACCAGCGCUGGCAAAGGGCGCUCCGCCCGCGUACGCUGCCCAGCGCUGACAUAUCUCAGGAUCGACGGCUGGGACUGGGGUAGACGGGGGCUGGGCCGGAUCCUGGAUUGCCUGCGCGUGCGUGCCGCGCACGGCGCAUCGAGGUUGGAGUACUUUGGAUUGGAUGGUGAAGGGGAGCGGUGGGUGCCGGAGAUAUUUCCCAUUUUGGAGAAGUACCGCCCGCGGUUUCUCGCAGUGGUUGAUGACUUUGAACUUGACGGAUGGUGGUGA